AUGAUCGCCACUUUGUCCAGGAACGCUCGGGCUGACCUCCGGUCGAGCCACCUCACCCUAGAGCAUUUUCUCAUGCGAUCGCGAACGCUCUCCCUGUAUCGCAAAUACGUUCGCGCCACAAGAGACAUUCCACAUCCGGAAGCUCGAUGGGAGACGAUUCAAUUCUUCCGUGACGAUGUCCAUCGCUUCCGACACGAGACCGAUCUCGAACAGAUCAAAGGUCUCCUCAUGCAAGGCCAUCGCUUUCUCAAGCAGAUGCAGGGGCAAUGGACCUUGGCCGGUGCUUCAUCAGAUGGAUCCGCCAACAAACUUCGUGGCACGCGGCAGCUUUAG